UUAUGCAAUUUUGAAACAGGAUUACAAUAGAUGUAUUUUCCUUCUCAUGAAAGGAAGUGAUACAUCAGUUAUACCUCAAUUAUUAUAUAAAGCGUAAUCUUGCAAAAUGUAAUCAAUCAAUAGGGGAACGAUUAGCCAAAAAAUCAACACAAUUCGCUUGCGUAACUUCACCAACAUGUUGGUGACAAAACAAGGACUAGGUUUGGCAAUUAUUGCAAUUAUUGAUUUAAUGAGUUUUUGUUCGAUCAAUGUCUUAUCGCUUUUCCUCUCCAAAGAGAUGACCCAAAUAGGUGCUGAUCUGUACAUAUUCGAACUUCCUGUAAACUUCUCAGCGUUGGUCACCAUCACGUCUUCACUUUUCUUGGGCUUAAUUAUUCCGAAAUACAGACAAAGGGAUUUGUUCGUUGGGGCUGUUGUACUCUCUCGGACAGGAUCCAUCCUCUUUGGUGUUUUGUAUUAUUACGUCACGGAUGAAACAUUUUUCACAUGUCUGGCUUACAUUCUACGAGGAAUUGAAGAAGCAGGAGCUUGUGCUUAUUUUAUUUCAGGAUACGUGCUCAUUUUUAGAUCAUUCUGCGACCAUGCUGGAAUAAUUCGAGGAUUUCUGGAAUGUGCAGUGGAAAUCGGGACAACUAUCGGACCACCUGUGGGAGACUUAUUUUUUACUUUUAAAGAAUCAGGACUUCCGUUUUAUUUUGUAGGGAUUUUCACAAUUUUCCUGGCUUUGGUCGGGCGGUGUGUUUUGGAUGAAUUCUUUUUCACAGAUACGUCAAAACAGUACCAAUCUUUGACCAACUUUAUGCAAAUUCCCGCAAUUAUCGUCACUUCUUGCGUCGUGUUAACUGUUUCUUUGACGACUAGUGCGUUAGAUCCAUCGUUGGGGGAAUACUUAACUAAUUUACUUCCGUUUCGAAAAAGUGACUAUGUUUAUCUUUUUAUCGCAGCAGCAUUUGCAUUUUCGACUCCUGCUUGGAACUAUUUGACCGAAAAACUGGCCAGGUUUGAGUGGAUAAUGCCGUUAGGACUUUAUUUAACUGGACUCGCAAUAAUUUUGUUGGAAUUAGAUUUAGUUUGUAGUGACUUUGAUAAAUAUUUCAAACUGAUAAAUGUGUGUAUGUUGGGUGUGUGUAUGGCCAUGUCUUUAGCUCCGACCUUCCGAUGUCUGACUACAGCAGCUUUCGAGAACGGAUACGAAAACAAUGUGACAACGCACAGUUACGUUAUUUCAACUUGGACGUUUAUGUUUUCUUUGGGCGAAAUUUUGGGACCGGCUGUUGGAAUCCUCGUUUACCAAAAAUACGAUUUUUGGGUGGUUUGCUGGAUGAUAGCGACUUUGAACAUUUUGGUAGGUUUCCUCUGCACACUUUUUUUCUAUUGUAAACGGAAUAAACGGAAUAUUUGUUGUAAAUUUAAUGUGACUAUUCAUUUUAAAUAAAAUCGGUGAAUCAUAUCA